AUGGAUCUUUGUCAAGAUUUCUAUAUACGAAGUCACUUCAGAUGGCAGAGUAUUAAGAAAUUUAUAUACGUGGCGCAUGCGUUCUCAACUACGAGUUUCAGUUUCGACAUGUUUUCUAAAGUACUCGCUGUUCACGUUCACUUAUUUGAAUAUAUAUUAUACGUAAUAUUUAUCGGAGUUAGCUACAUGUUUAUGGAUUUCUUCAUAAAACAGUAUACAAGGAGGUUGGAUACGAAUAAAAAUUUGAAUCCACUAAUGAAAGGCGUAUCGUUUGGUAUUCUUUUGCAGACAGCAUUUUGGACAUUAUUGCACGCAAGAGACUUAGCGGAUUCUCUAAGAUUUUUUCUGGUCAGUAUGAAUAGGACUCCGACUUGGUCGAGGUGUCAAAAAAUAAACACGAAUGUAACGUGUAUGACUUCCCAAGACAUAUUGUUGCAUUGCCGCGAGAAAGUAAUGGUGGAUAUUAAAAUAACAUCCGCACAUGUGAAUUAUAUGAAGUUAUUUUCAAACAUCGACAGGAAUAACUUGUCGAUACGACUCUUUGUAAUCGCUAUUGUAUGGAUUGGUAACUUUUUCAUCGCGACUGUCACCGACAAUGCACUUUUAAUGCUUUUUAAAUUUUCCUUCCUGUGGGGAACGUUUUCUACAGCUUUUAUAUUAGUUUUUUUAUUAUUUUCGACGCAAUACACAUCUAAGGCUUUCUAUGAUUUAAUGAAUGUACAAGAAGUUUUUCGACACAGCGCUCUUAACCUAGUAACGGAUCCUUUUGGUGUUGGAUUAAUAGGAGUUUAUGAUUUUGGAACGAUGUCUCCAUUCACAAUGGUUGACAAUGCGAUAAUUAUUUUCGCCGUUGUCUUCAUAGUAACUUCAUUUGCUCGUUCAUUAAUAGUUCGAGUACUUUAUUUGAUGCUAACGAACUGCGUCGAUGUGAAAAUCUCAGAAUCCCCUCAUUAUCUGCUAUUUGCAAUAUUGCCGCUCAGUACAGAAUUCAUGGACGCUCAUAAAAUAUUUGUCCUUUAUAUAUAUUCGUAUCUAACGGCUGCUUUAGUUGCUUGUUUGGCAAUGUUCACAACGAUUAUCGCGAGGCUUUUACACAGCGAAUAUCGUGCAGUGAAGAAUGUUUACAUCGUGGGACUAUUAUGUUUUUUGGGUUUCAAUCUUUCAAUCGCUUUUCUAUUGCAGUUGACAACACAGAAAAUGGUGGGCAUUAUGUACGGGCUGAACACGUGCUGUCUAUACUUGGGUGGUAUGAAGGUCGCUAUUGUCAUGUGGCUGUAUGGAGUUCAAAGAUACUCGACUGAUAUACAUUUCUGGCUCGGUUUUAAGCCAACGCAAUUUUGGAAGUGUAUUUGGGUGAUGAUGCCUAUUGUUAUAUGGACGACUGUAUUCAAUAAAUUGAAAGACAUGAACAAGUUGAAGGACGCAUCGCAAAAGAUUGCGGCUUUGUUGUGGAUGUUCUUAACUCUCAUUACAGUUAUCAUUAUUCAAGCAAAAGUGAUAGCUAAGUAUAUUUUGCAAAAUAAUAUAGUAGGAGUUUUUAAAAGUAACUUUAAGUAUGGUCCUCCCGAUAUAGAUGAUCGUAAGAAGAGAAGAAACUUCGAUGAGAUUACACACAGCAGACAAUGUCGACACGAUUGUAUGAUUUUGGAUGAUAAAUAUGAAUGCAAUCACCUUCCACUUAUAUUCAGGAGCAUAUCAAGCCUGCCUAGUGCAGAAUCAUCUCUUACAAAUAUCUACGAAGACUCCUUGAAGCCUAAGAAAGCCUCAAGUGUCAUAGACGUAUCUUUAAUGAAUAUGAAUUAG